AUGAUUCUUGGCUCAACAUCAAGAAACUAUGGUUUUAACGAUGUAUCCGUUCGAUCCAUCAUAUUGCACUCCAAUCUUGGCAGUACAUCCUACCCUGUUGGACACCCUACGUCUCGUCACAUGACCUGUAGCAUGUCUCGUAGAACUGAUGACAUCAUGAUGCUUAUACCCCUCCCGGGAGCACACGAGGUAUUUCCAAAUAACCGUCUUGGUCUUGUCAUGUGCUUUCACCAAUGUGCUAUGUCUCACGUCAAAACCAACACUAAGAGCAUAAGUCUUGUAGAAGUUCACCGCUUUAUGUAA